AGAUUCUUAAUCUUCUUAUCAGGCUAGGCCUGUUUAUAAAUUUUCAGGGCCCAAUUUUCUGACACCAGACUAAAAAAAAUCAUCUUCUUCUCCGAAAAUUGACCUAAAAAUAAAAAUAAGGUUCUGAAAUUGAUAUUUGAUUGUGUGAAUUGAAUUGUUUGAAAGGGAAGAUGAACAUAAAAAAGGGUGAGAUUGAGAAGAUGAAUUGGAAGAAUUUGAGUUACAGUGAAUUUGUGGAGAGAUUCAUGAAAAAAAACCAACCUUUGUUGCUCAAUGGAUUCUCGGAACAUCACAAUUGGAGAGCUUCAGUUGAUUGGGUCACCCCUCUUGGCCACCCCAAUUUUCAAUUUUUCUCCACAAAUUUUGGAGAUUCCAAAGUUCAGGUUGCAGAUUGUGACACAAGAGAGUUCACCGAUCAGAAAAGGGAGGAGAUGCUUGUUUCGGAGUUUAUAGGACGUUGCCUUCAAGAUGUUGAAGGUUCUGCAGUCCAAUGUAGCAAUAGUCACUCUGUACCGUAUUUGAAGGAUUGGCAUUUUGUAAAGGAGUAUCCAGAAUAUGUAGCUUAUAAAACUCCAAUAUUCUUUUGUGAUGAUUGGCUUAACCUGUAUCUUGACAACUACAGAAUGCAUACUGAUUCUGACAAAUACCAAGAAAAUAACGAAAUAUGUUGCUCUGACUAUCGUUUUGUAUACAUGGGAGUUAAAGGAUCUUGGACUCCUCUUCAUGCCGAUGUUUUCCGGUCAUAUAGCUGGUCGGCAAAUGUUUGCGGAAAAAAGAGAUGGCUUUUUCUAGAUCCUUCCCAACAUCAUCUUGUAUUUGACAGGAAUAUGAAAAAUUGUGUAUAUAAUAUCUUUGAUGAAGUGUCUGACUCAAAAUUUCCUGGUUUCAAAAAGGCUAUCUGGUUAGAAUGCAUGCAAGAAGCAGGUGAAAUUAUAUUUGUUCCCAGUGGAUGGUACCAUCAAGUUCAAAAUUUGGUGUACACAGGGAAGGAACUAGAGAAAAGGUUAUUCAUUGUAAUACUGAACACUAUUAGUAAUACGAACAAAGUUCCUCCCAGGCUGAGCCAACAUACUGGGCAUGACAGAUUCAGGUUAUGAUAUAAAUAUGGAAUAAAAGGAAUGGUCUCAAAUGGUUGAUUGGUGCUCACCUCAUCAGUGGCCUCAAUACACCAUCUCUCUAAUUCACCCAAUUCUACCUUUACAUACUCUCUUUUGCUAAAUGAACAACACUCAUGACACAACAGAAGACUGGCAAUGAUCAAAUUAAAUACCUCAAAAUGUUAGUUUUCUCUAUGCAGUAAUUUGACUUGUAAUAUGAAGAUGGUGAAUAAUUGAAUGGUUUGUGAUUGAUUAUUUAUUUUUUUUGUUAUUUGACUUUUGUGUUUGUAUUUAGAUAAGAUUAUAAU